ACAUUUAUUCGGGCUUCAUUUCUACUUAUUUGUUAGUUCAUUCAUAUGCUUUCACCGGGGUAGUUAAAGUGUUAACACUUUCCCCCACUCCACGGUCUGGCGCCACCUAUCAGCUGAUGAGAUUGGAGCUGACUGCAGUUCGGUAAUACUGUAGUUGCAGACGAUAAACCUCCACUGAUUCCCACAAGCAGCAUCACUACAGCGCGAGCCCACGGGCUUCGUCAGAUCUAAGUAGCAUUACUGCGCGAGAAAGACAUCGGACAUCAAUGCGCUCGUGAAUGUGAGCUGAAAAGCAAGGCAGAAGGAAAAAAUAGUUUUUCGUCUAGCCUACACCAGCGCACUCUUUUUGAAAAUUAUAUAUAAAUAGCCUUCGAAUUUAUUACAGUAUUUGCAGAAUCAUUCGUGUUUGCUUUGAUGUUUCCAGCACAGUAGAUCAGCCUAACCAGCACACAUGCAACAAAAGUGCUAUUCAGAGAUGCCGUUUAAAGAGUGAUGUUACAUUUAAACGUGUACUGCACAGCACUGUUAGUUCUUUACAAAGUGAGGAAUGCUAUCUGAGCUCCUGCAUCAAUGUUUCACUGGGGCAAGUGGAAGAAGAGAAUGGGAGCGAACAGUUCUUCAAAGAGACCGGUCUUCGACGAAAAGGAAGAUGUGAACUUCGAUCACUUUCAGAUUCUUCGAGCCAUCGGGAAAGGCAGCUUUGGAAAGGUGUGCAUCGUGCAGAAGAGGGACACGCAGAAGAUGUACGCCAUGAAGUACAUGAACAAGCAGCAGUGCAUCGAGCGCGACGAGCUCCGCAACGUCUUCAGAGAGCUGGAGAUCCUGCAGGAGAUCGAGCACGUGUUCCUCGUGAACCUCUGGUACUCCUUCCAGGACGAAGAGGACAUGUUCAUGGUGGUGGACCUGCUGCUGGGAGGAGACCUGCGCUACCACCUGCAGCAGAACGUCCAGUUUGGCGAGGACGCCGUCAAACUCUACAUCUGUGAGAUGACCCUGGCACUAGACUAUCUACAGAGCCAGCACAUCAUCCACAGAGAUAUCAAACCUGACAACAUCCUUCUGGAUGAACAAGGGCACGCUCACCUGACUGACUUCAACAUCGCCACCAUCAUUAAGGAUGGGGAGAGGGCGACCGCCCUGGCCGGGACAAAGCCUUAUAUGGCCCCAGAGAUAUUCCAGUCGUUUGUGAGCGGGGGAACCGGCUACGCUUUCGAGGUGGACUGGUGGUCUUUGGGGGUGACGGCCUUUGAGAUCCUGCGGGGUUGGAGGCCGUACGAGAUUCACGCCAGUAACUCUGUGGAGUCUCUGAUGCAGCUCUUCAGCACGGUUAGUGUGCAGUACUGCCCUGCCUGGCCGAAGGACCUGGUCUCCCUGCUGAGAAAGCUGCUGACGGUGAACCCAGAGCACCGGUUCUCCUGCCUGGCAGACAUGCAGACGGCCCCCUAUCUGUCCACCAUCAACUGGGACGCUGUGUACGAGAAGAAGGCAGAGGCAGGCUUCGUUCCCAACAAAGGGCGCUUGCAUUGUGACCCAACCUUUGAGCUGGAGGAGAUGAUCCUGGAGUCUCGGCCGCUGCAUAAGAAGAAGAAGAGGCUGGCGAAGAAUCGCUCCCGUGACAACAGCAAAGACUCCCAGUCUGAGAAUGAUUACCUUCAGGAGUGUCUGGAUGUCUUGCAGCAGGAGUUCAUGAUCUUCAACAGAGAAAAAUUGAAAAAGAGGCAGGAGGAGGGAGCCUCAGACGGAGGGGAGGCGGACGGCGAGGGCGAGGGCGAGGGCGAGGGUGAGGGUGAGGGUGAGGGAGAGGUGGAGGGCGAGGUGGAGGGUGAGGGCGAGGCGGGGGCCGAGGCGGAGGGGGGUACGGAGGACGAAGCAGAACCAGAGACGUCCAACCUGAACAUGUGCGGCUCUGUCUGCUCCUCUGCUGGCAGCUGCUAGCAAAACAGCACCCCCUGCUGGCCAUACGCACCAGUACCUUUCUGUCUCUCAGUGUCUCUCUCUCUCAUUCUCUCUCUCUCUUUCUCGCUCUCUCUCCCACUCUGCCUCUCUUUAUCUCUCUCUCUCUCUCUCUCUCGCUGUCUGUCUCUCUUUCUGUCUCUCUCUCUCUCUCUCUCUCUUUCUCUCUUUCUCUCUCUCUGGGAGCAGAACACACUGGCCUUGCCUGUAAACGCUCUGAAGCCUGCUGUUUGUAACUCAGACUGAAAUGACACGUCCCUCUGUAGCAGCGUGUGGUAGCACCUGAGGACCCGUGGCAGGGGACCGCCAGGUUCUGCCUCCCACACUACACACUGGAACUCAUUUCUAUGCAACAUUAGACAUGACACCAGAUUUAAUCCAGGAGGAAGGGCGUGCUGACCCACGGGCCGCUAGCGCGUCAGUGCGUUACCACGGACACCCGCGAGCGACUACUCUUUACAGCAGUGCUUCUGAAACCCAGUUCUGGAGGCCUACUGUGUGCGCUGAUCCCUGCUGUAGCCGGGAUCUUAGUCAUGUGAAAUCGCUGCCAGAAUGCGCUGAUAUAAUUUUGUACUUUCACACAUUCAAACCUAAUGCAGGUUUGGCUCUUUUGCCAUUUGGUGUGUCAUUGGACUCUUAAUCUUUCAUGAAUAGUUUAGUUUUAGUGACCAGCUGACCAUACUUGUCUCAGUUAGGACCCCAGUGACUUCAACAAUCAGUCUAUGAUUUAAUCAAUUCAGAAAUAUAACUGCUUUCUGAAGCAAUCAAUAGCCAUAUGGUGCAUUAUGUUAAACCAUUUGUUUAUCUGACAGAUUCAAAUUCCUGGGAUAUGAAUGUGGAAUAUUUAUUCCUCAUUGUGUACAGAGCUAUUUCUGGCAUAAUGUGACCUUAAGAGGAUAAAUUUGUCAUCCUUCAACAGACAUUAAGUGUCUAAUUGGAACAAUUAACAGCUCAUUAAUGCUGGUUGCAAUUAUGGUAGGAAGGAAAGCCAGUGUACACAGUGGGCCCCAGGCCUGAGUUUGAAAAUCCCUGUGCUGUGGCACACUUUGCAUCCCGUACCUUGCAGGUAGUCUCACACAGUAGUGACUCUCGUACAGGACAGUCGCUAGCAGGUCAAAGCACACCUAGUGUCAGGAGCGUGUCUGUGCCACUGAGGUUUUUAAAUCAGUCUAGCAGGGGGAUAAUAAUAAUAAUAUAACAGGCUGCAUGUCGGCUAGACGCCGCCCACUCACCUGAGGGGACCAAGCCACUCCCACAACAAGCUGCCGAAUCAGUGAGCACUUAGGCCUCUUAGCGAUGGGCCUGGACCAGAGGGUUGCUGGUUUGAAUCCGCAUGCAUUUUCAAGCAAGAUGCAUGCAUAUGUAGGCCUGCCGGCAUAAGGUCAUACCGUUAGCAUAUCUGGUGUCCUUUAAUGUGAUGGAGGCAGGCAGGGUAUCUCAUGUAAUCCCCUGAGGGUUCUGACCUUAAAGGGAAAGCGCAUCAUUAUUCUUCAUUUCUGCUCAGUUCGGGCACGGACAUCUCUUGCGUGACAUUAGAAGGGUGUGCACUUUGUAGAUGCUGUCAUUACGAGUAAUAUUAUGCAAGUGUAGCUUCAGAAGCAGCCCAGAAUAAAAGCAACUGGGGACGAGUUUCUCCCUAGACCCGGCUGCCAGGAUGUGCUUAGUUCGUAUUUAGCACUGCUGCACCGCCACUAGGGUCGAUGUGGGUGCGGUGUGUACGUUAGCUAGUAUCUUAUCUGUUAGGAUUAACAUGCUGUCUUACUCUGGGGAAUGGGCUUCGUUAAACUCUAUAGAACAUGUAUGAUACAAAUGUAUUUCCUUGGUUUAAAAAAAAAAACAAACAUAAACAUGAUUGUAUUUAAAUCUGACGUUGUUUAGACCACUCCCCCGAGCAUAAUGUAAGGGGCUAUAUUUAGUGUAAUGUAGGAGUAUUAGAAUACAGAUAAGGACACAUUCAGGAUAAAAGAAAAUCAAAACAAACCCACGUGUAGCUGUAAAAUUAAGGUGACGCUUGUAUUCUCAGCAUGGAUGUCUGGGAAAAUGUCACAUGAGAUCCAACAGCCUAAUGUUAUUACAUAUGUAAAUAUUAACAGCAUAAAUCCUUCUCCACAGUUUUAUGUGGAAAUCAUUAUCAACUCUGUCUAAAAGAAAAAAAAGUAUGAAGCCAAAUUUUCAUACAGUGUUAUUUUAAUCUUUUUUUUCCAAGUGUGCAGGCACAACUUGUAGGCAAAUACGCCAAAGCUUUUAUACCAUUUGCAUAGUCAUUUAUAAGGAAAACUGACUGUAUGUUUCCUGUUGUGUGUAGGAUCAAUGUUUCUUUCUGCAAGUGAGUAUAUUUGCAUUUUGUAAAUAUACAAUUAUUGUGAUAAUAUUCAAACACAGAAUGCUUUGGGAAAACUGAAACUAAACUCAAGUGGUCUUAAAAAAGAUCAGCCUUUUGAGACAGACAGAAAAGAAGUUGAAGGAUCCAUGAUUUUUUUUUUUAGGAGACCUUCAAAUUAUGUGCAUCAGCAGUGUCCAGUUGAACUUAGUUUUGCACGCACCACUAUUUUUUAGGUACUGAAAGCCGAUUUAGGUAGUCAGUGAAACAGUCUCCAACUGAGCAUGUGUGAAAGACUGCGAUGUGCACGUACGGCAUGAUCGUUGAUUUUGUGUUCCUGCUCUUGGUUUUUAGGGAGUUCAGCAGUAGUCCUGUCCCACGUUCCACACCGCAUCACGUCACUUAGGUUCCGUAAACGGUAAAAUAAUAGUUCCUAUGAGGUGCGUGCUGUUUUCCCAACGUGGUGUCGGUCGCAUGGUGUUUAAAUAUAAGCAGUUGUUUUGGAAUCUCGCGUUUAGACUGUUCAUAAGGAGGUGGAAGUUCCAGCACCACCCCUCCUGGAACAAUGGCUGGCAAUUUAACAAAGCAAGAAAACGUAUGGAUUUCACUGCAUAUCUCUGUGACUAUAUGAUCUAUAUGUGCUUUAUAAUGCAUGAUGGGCCUGUGGGUAUGGAAUGAAGGUCUUGCAGCAUAAUAAAAACUUUGAAAAUUUUUAUUUAGCGUUGAUUUAGCACUGAAUGUGAAGUUUGUAAAGAAAGCUAUUUUUAUCUGCAUUCAGAUAGGCUAUGUCUCAAAAAUAGCAGUCUACCUGGUUAUUAAGCAAACUAGAUUUCCAGAACUAAUUAUGUGAUGAUGAUGUUUGUAUUCUUUUACACAGCAGGCAUUGCGUUGAUCUUGUAACCAUCUCUUUAUAGAAUUUAGUUCUGGAGGGAAACAAAUGUUCAUGUAAUAUUUUCUCCUCAUCUUCUGCAUAUUGAUAAUAUUUUGAGUAAAAUCACAGUAAUAUUUUCAGUAAAAUCAGUGUUACUAAAUACACUUGCAAGUCCAGUUAUUCUGUAUUUACCCUCUACCUAUACAAAGUGCUAUGUGUAUUUAAACAAACUGCUCUUAUUGCUUUGAUGAGGAAAUAAACAUGUUCCUGUAA